CUCCACAGCGCGUCCUUCCGCUUCCGCUUCCGGCGUUGGGAGGUCUCGGUAAAAAGAUGGCGACUGCGGCUGCGGCUCGGGUUGCUGGGCUGCUGGGCCGGUUGCGGCCCCAGCUGGCGCGGCCCAUGUCGAGUGGCGCCCACGGCGAGGAGGGCUCAGCUCGCCUGUGGAAGUCCCUCACCUACUUCGUGGCGCUGCCCGGGGUGGCCGUGAGCAUGCUGAACGUCUUCCUCAAGUCGCGCCACGGGGAGCACGAGCGGCCCGAGUUCGUCGCCUACCCGCACCUCCGCAUCAGGACCAAGCCCUUCCCCUGGGGAGAUGGUAACCAUACUCUAUUCCAUAAUCGUCAUCUGAAUCCGCUGCCAACCGGCUAUGAAGAUGAAUAAACAACCUGGACCACUACGCAGUGGGGACCACAGCACUGGUUUGGACCAUACUCUGCACACGGACCAGAAAAGUGUAUGGGACCUUAAGCUGACUUCUUUCCUAAUGUAAAAUGAUGACUAUAGAGUACACUGAUCUUCCGUCUCUUUGCCUAUGGCAGGAGAUGGCUUAAAUAAAUAACAGGUUGGUCAUGA